GGGGAGGAUGCUCGCACUCUGACACUCAGCGCUCUUCUUUGUCUUUGCGUUUUUCUUUCUUAUUCAUCAGCCAUGCUUCCCGCCGACGAGAGCGGCCCCAAGCCUCGCCGCGUGUCGCUGCCGGCGCCCCCGCCGUCCCCGCCGGGCCGCCGCCACUUCCCGCUGCACUUGGGCGCGAAGCGGCGGCGUUCGGGCCCUGCGCCGGAGCGCCGCGUCAACUGCGUCCUGGUGGGAGAUGGCGCGGUGGGCAAAAGCAGCCUGGUCAUCAGCUACACCACCAACGGGUACCCCGCCAGAUACGUGCCCACCGCUUUCGACAACUUCACAGCCGUGGUGGUGGUGGACGGGAUGCCGAUCGGACUGCAGCUGUGCGACACGGCGGGACAGAAAUGGGGAGUUGCUGAUGAAUCCAUCAAUGACGAGCUGGAGCGUCUCCGGCCGCUCUGCUACCGAAACGCCGACGUCUUCCUGCUGUGCUACAGCGUGGUCCGACCCGCUUCCUUCCGCAAUCUGACCCAACGUUGGGUUCCCGAGAUCCGCCGCCACUGUCCCGGCGCGCCGCUCGUCCUGGUGGGCACCCAGCUGGACCUGCGCGAAGACGUCCAAGUGCUGAUCCGGCUGGCCCGGAGCCACGAGCGUCCGGUGGGCUCGGAAGAGGGCCGGCAGCUGGCCCGGCAGCUCGGCGCCGCCGGCUUCGCCGAGUGCUCGGCGCUGACCCAGAAGAACCUGAAGGAAGCCUUUGAUUGCGCCAUCCUGGCGAGCAUCCGGCACAUCCCAGAUGACGGCGACCUUAGCGAUUGGCCACGGAGAGUGACCCUCAAGAGGACCACUCCUGACAAAAUCAAAAAGCUCUCGGAGGCCUGGUGGAAGAAGAUCCGAUGUCUGGUGGGGGAACAGAAUUGUGACCAGCUGACUAUGUAAUCGGGUCAAGACACUGAGCGAUUGUAGGAAAAGGUUCACCGCAAUCACCAAGAUGGAGCUUCUAAAUUCCUAACGUACAUGUCGCUGAAUCGUUUCCUCUUUUUCUGAGACUUUGCUGAAUGGACCUUCAGGACACAAAUGAAGGAAAGAUGAGUCUCCAUUCUCAAAACGCAGCUUACGUCCCGAAAUGAUGGGUCGGAAAGCAAACACACAAAAAAGGCAGCGGCGGCGGCGGCGGGGGAUGAGCUGGAGAUUCUCGGCGUCUAAUUGGAGCCGACGGGACCACCUGGGCGGGAUUACGCCGCCAUAUGGCGGCUCAACACGCCACUGACACUCUUGGUGUGUCGGCGUGCUCCACUUUGUGACCGCAAAUCUCGUUAAGGAAGGAUGGCGGCGACAGUUGGCAUCUUUGAAGAACUUCAAGACAAGCCCAGAUGGAGCAUCAUUGGUACCUAAACUGAUCAUCCAUUUUGACUUUGGCACUGGACCUCAAUAUUGACUUUGGGAUUGACUAUUGAUUUCUAUUUUGACCUAGAUUAGAGCUUUUUGAACUUUUGACAGACACGACAAGUUUAUUUGUAAAAGCAUCCGUUGACGGUCAAUCCAUACAGUUUAAAAAAAAAAAAAAAAAGUUAAAAAACUUCAAAUGAAUAUGUCCACUCAGAUUGUCGCCAUGUCAAAGAAACGUAUUUGUGUAUAAAGACGCUGAAACGAG